CUGGGGAAAAAUUCGCGUGACCAGCCAGGAAGCACGAGGAGCUCUUCGCGUUUCGGCUGAGCCCACGGUCAUUGCCUCACCUGGACAAGAUGGCGGAAUUGAAGCUGGAACUUACUGUGCCUUUUUCGACCGAGUCUGAGGCGCAAAUUGUUCGCAAUUCUCUCUCCGUUGAUCCGGAACCAAAACGUGGCGGAGCCAAGAAACAGCUAACAGUGAAAGACAAUGUGUUAUACGUAACAAUAUCAUCCCCUGAAGCUAAGACAUUGAGAGUCUGUGCAAAUGGUUUCCUUGACCAUUUGACUCUGGUUACAGAAACAAUUGAAGCAUUUGGUCCUCCUUUGGAAGAAUCGUAACCUUCUUGGAUAUCAACUGAUAGCCAUUUUUUUGGAGAGAGAGUUUAUUGCAACACCAGCAGGAUAGAUUGAUUUAUAUUGGGUUGAA